AUCCCAUCUCAUCUCCGUCUCAGAGCGCGCAGGUGUGGCUGUGACUUCCCUUUCCCCCACACGGUCUGAUGAAGUCUAUCUCUCUACGUAAACCACCUCAGAUCCUCGUAUAUAAAUACAAACACUGAUACCCAGAAUGAACUCAGAUGCACCAUCUCUCUCUCUCUCUCUGAGUGUGCCUAGAGGUGAUAUAGAACAUAGGGGCUGUGAAGGACACACACAAUUAAGGAUAGGUUAUGGAGAUGGCCGGCGUCGGGUGUCAGACAAAGGCCACCAGCAGUCCAGGCCUUAAGCUCUUCGGAUUCCAGGUCUCCGACAGCGACAACGCCACGAACGGCUCGGGGGAUGUGGCGGCAGCAGACAGCUCCUCCUCUGCUUCCGGCAGCGUCGCAGGCGGUGGAGACGUGAGGAAGUACGAGUGCCAGUACUGCUGCCGCGAGUUCGCCAACUCCCAGGCUUUGGGCGGCCACCAGAACGCCCACAAGAAGGAGCGGCAGCAGAUGAAGCGCGCCCAGGUGCACCAUCACCACCCACACAUGGCGUCACCACACCGCUCGCCCGCUGGUAACUUCUACCACCAACCCAUCGCCUCCGCCUUCUCCCUGCCGCCGCCGCACCUCCUCUCGCCUGUUCCUCGACCUCCUUCCCCUGCUACGACGGCGACGAUGACGACGGUUGUGGGCCUCCAGGCGACUGCCGCCGGAAGUUGGGUCUACUAUGCUCGCGCCGCCCCGCCCCUUCCCCUGUCGCGCGCUUGCGUCGUCCCGCGGGCGGUACCAACCUACUACUCCUACGCCGAAGACAGUGGCAGCGAGCUGUUCUACGACGAUGGCCGACCGACCAGUGGACCCACUCUCCAGGGUGCGGCUCCAGCGGACGGUGGGGCGGAGGACUCGUACGGGUUGGACCUCCACCUCAGCCUCGCUCCCGCUCGUUCAUGAAUCGGUCUCGACACGGCGAUGCUCCCGUGCUUUCUUUUGUGUCGUACGACCGAGUUCUAUGAAUUCUAUUGGACUUUUAGUUCCCUAAA